GUUGUUGAAAUGUGGGUGCAUGGGAUGCUGUUGGCAAAGGUGAAGGGUUGAGAGAAAAUUACUCCACAUUCAACUCUGUUCAUGCCUAUGCCAAGUGACACACCAAUGGGAUCACACGAUUCUACGUCGCCCCACCAAUUCUUCAUUCUUGCUUUGCUGCCAACCAACGGAAAGCCUAAAUUUCACUCAGAUGCUAAAAACAUGCAAUGAGAGUAAGUGGGAUAAGAGAAAUUUGCGGUCAAGUACUGAUCCAUUGCACGAACUGCACCGACUCAUCAAUUUCGUCUCUCCACGUUACUGGCGAUAUUCAAUUUACAGAUUCCUUUUAUAAGAACACAGUCUUCACGCCACUGAUUUCUGUGCUUGUUCUUUGAUUCUUUCUCUUGAAAAUAAGGAAACGCCAUUCGGAUCUUUGUUGAAACGAAAGCAAAAACAUAGACAAAAGAAAGGAUAGUUUCUCUGGUUAUUUAGAAGCCUUCCGGAAACAGGAUAACUGCCACCUUCCAUUCCCAAGAGGCUUCGAUCAAUCACUGAUGUAGACAAUUGAGUUUCCGGUGGAUUAUACGAUCAAUAUUUUCAAGACCAGUACUGCUGAUUCCAUAAGUACCUGGCUAGUUAGUUUCUUAACCAGUUCGGCCUCUGGAAAUAUUUCAUGUCCAGCAUGCUCUUAAUGAAAUCCACCAGGCAUCCAGAUUUUUUGCAGUGAACUUGCAAUUGAUGCUGAACAGUUUUCAAUUCUUCCAUCAGCAGCUGUCCCUAGAAAUGAAAAGCAUGUCUGAGGCUUUCACUGUUUUAGGUUAUGCCAGCAAAUAUCGUUAUAAGCAGGAGAAGCCAGAAUUAGAUGCCCCUUGCCUGAGAAUCUUGGCAGGGGAAGAUCUCUAGUAAAGGCUGCUGCAUUCAGGGUGGUUGUCUUUUGUACCAGUUCAGUGCAGAUGACCGAUGUUUCGGUCUCCCUCCCAGCCAAGCGCAAACGUGGCCGUCCACGGAAGGAUGCCAAUCUUUCAGGCAACUUACAGUUACCAGAAAGUCCUACUCUCGUGAAAACUCAACAAGUCGAAGUAAUAUCUCCUAAACAAACUCAAGAAUUUGACAAAAAUCACAAAGAUUGUACUGUUGAUGGUAUGGUAGGGACUAUGAUUUAUGGUGUUAUUGAGGGUUCAUUUGAUGCUGGAUAUUUGAUAUCUGUCAGAAUUGGCAACAACGACAUACCUUUGCGUGGAGUGGUCUUUCAGCCGGGGAAGUUCAUUCCCGUUACAGCAGCAACUGAUGUUGCUCCACAAGCCAAGAUGUAUCAGAGAAGAGAAAUCCCGGUUCCAGUUUACGAUGAUCCAAGUCGGAUAAGUGGCCUUAGUCCCCAUCCCCAAAAACUAACCCUGGAGCCUGUCCUGGCAUCAAAACAGCCAGUCCUGCGCCCUAUUUUACCUUCUACGCCUCUCUCAGUCACCAAAUACUCAUUAGGCAAUCACUCCACAUUUAUGGCGCCUGAAGCCAUGAGGCUGAGGACUAGCUCGAGUUCUAACAUGGGAGGGCAAAUCACAGUGCCGACAACUCCAAAAGCUGGAGUCAACACACAGUCUCCAACCAUCCAUCCGACUGGUAGUCUCAGGAUGGUGGAACAGGACGAGGUAAUGCAGGCAUUUGAAGUUUCAACAUCGUCAAAAGGGUCUAAGAGCAACACAGCAACUACUGAAAAUCUGAUGUCCGAAUCACCAUUUAAAGCGACAACCAGUAGUUUGCCUACUAAAGAAAGCAUCAAUCAGAAACCUGAAGUCCAUGGGAAGUCUGUGGAGUCAGAACUUGGAUCCAGUAUGUUUGCUCAUAACAAACUGAAGGCCUCCAGUGGUGUAGAGUUCCACCACAAUUUCAUGGAAGAUAUGUCACGAUCUGCAUUUGAAAUUCAGCAAGACAGAAUGAUUCGCCAUGAAAUGGCCCACCACAGAGAGUUUGUUCACGAUGGAGCACCUCAGGCUAUAAAGAGAGAGCAGCAGCAAACUGAUCUUUAUUACAAUGGACUCAGAAGCCCGGAUGUUAAUUUUCAUCAAGAUGUUUUCACCAGUCAGUCUCAACCUGAUUCCCAAGAGCCUAAGAAUUUAGCAGCCAAGUUCCACCCAGGUGACUUUGUCGAGAGUGUCUCAAAGAGCCCAAGUCCAAAACUGGACCUGGCUUCUGCUGCUCAAGAAAAGAAACGGUUGGAAGCAGAGGCAGGAGCAGCUAAUGAUGCUUGUCUUGCAGCAAACUAUUUGGUCCUCAACGAGCUGAAGAGCCCAAAUCUUGGAUACCACCAAGCAUUGGUGGCUGGAAAUCCUCUUCUGCUGCCCCCAGACCUUAUUAGUGAGCCUAUGGAGUUCAUGCUGGAAAAAGCCAGAUCUCCUUCAAACAGCAAAAGCCCCCAAGAAACUCACUCAGAGCUGGAAUCCAGAAUUGUAAGCCCUGGUGAAAGGUUUCACAAUGCAGCUGGAAUCUGUGAUCCCACGACCAGCACUGAAGCUGCACGUUCGCCGGCUGGACCAUAUAAACUAGAGCUUGCAUCUCCACAAUCAAAUCCAAACACAGGGCCUGCCAAGCAAACCACAAUUACUGGCAUGGAUUUUGUUCUCAGUGACGUCGUUCAACCUACCGAAUCCCAUGGCCAUCGUGGCAACAUAUCUGAGACUAAGCAUGGGUGAUAGGCUCCAAGAAAUGAUCCAUUUGGAGUGGAGUGGACGAAUAUUACCAGUCACGAUGAGUGCCAAUGACUAUGACGAAGUAAAGAAGACGAUCAAUAGGUGCUCCAAGAGUGAUCUUUAGAUUAUUCUGCGAAACAGCUCUAAGUGUUGUGGGAUUGAUUUUUACAUAGUCCCACCUCUAAUUGGCAUUAUUGUCCUCUACAUAGUCCUUAGGGGGAUAUUCAGAGUUCAUUGGACAUUUUUUUGUUUUUUCAUUUUGUUCUUUGCAGUGUUUUUGUUUUCUUUACCCAUUAGCUAUGUGUAGAUCUAAAAUGAAUUGAAGAGCCCCUUUUCUUUUUAAUGGAUUGCUUAAGAAUUGAUAUGUUGAUUCUAAGUUUUCUCCAACUGUUGUAUUUUUUAGUCAUUUAGAGCUGAUGUACACGGACAGAAAAGAGAGCUGAAGGAUAUUUUUAUCCUAUUUUGAUGUUUUUAUCAACACA